AACAAGCCUCUAUUGUAUAUUUGUAUAAUAUUAUAGAAAUAAAUAAGAGAUGAAGAUUGGACUUUAAGCUAACGACUGAAAAUUGGGGAGAGUAGGAGCGAGAAACGAUGGUAAAGGAAAGAGUAUGUGUUACAGGUGCUGGAGGGUACCUCGGCUCUUGGUUAGUGAAGCUUCUUCUCAGCAGAGACUAUGCCGUCCAUGGCACUGUGAGACAGCCUGGGGAUGAGAAGUAUGCCCAUCUGAAUAAACUUGACAAAGCAUCUGAGAACCUUAAACUCUUAAAGGCAGAACUACUGGAUUAUGAGUCUCUUUAUUCAGCCAUUGAAGGCUGCAGUGGUGUCUUCCAUGUUGCCUCUCCUUUGCCCUUAACUGCUGGAGCAAAUCCUGAGGUGGAAUUAGUUGAACCAGCUGUGAAGGGCACACUUAAUGUGCUUAAAGCAUGUGUUGAAGCAAAGGUGAAGCGAGUUGUUGUGGUGUCCUCUGUAGUUGCAGUUGCAUUGAAUCCAGGAUGGCCAAAGGGUCAAAUCAAGGAUGAAAGCUGUUGGUCUGAUAAGGAGUAUUGCAGAACAACAAAGAACUGGUAUCCCCUUUCAAAAACAGAAGCAGAGAGUGAGGCUUUGGAGUUUGCAAAAAGCACUGGACUUGAUGUUGUAACUGUCUGUCCUACCCUUAUUUUUGGACCACUUUUACAACCCUCUGUCAAUGCAAGUAGCAUGCAACUCAUCAAGCUUUUGAAAGACGGUAUUCAUUUAUUGGGGAACAAAAGGACGACGAUAGUAGACGUGCGUGAUGUGGCUGAGGCACUCAUUCUGGUAUAUGAGAAGCCUGAGGCUGUAGGCAGAUACAUAUGCACAGCUUACUCCAUCAAAGAACAUGAUCUCGUUGAUAAACUGCGCACCCUUUAUCCUAACUACAAUUAUCCUAAAAGCUUCACUGAGGCAGAAGAUGAAAUCCUGAGUUCAGAGAAGUUGCAGAGACUUGGCUGGCGUUAUCGCCUCCUGGAAGAAACCCUUGUUGAUGCCAUAGAAAGCUACAAGAAAGCUGGAUUCUUGGAUUAGACAUGGUGAUGACUGAUUCUCUGGAGUCUUAUCUUUGUCAAAAAUAAAGGGGAGGUGGAGAGGUCCAUUGCUGCCUGUAAAUUUGUCUUGAAUAUCUGUUGUGCUGGCUGAAUGUUUAAAAACAGAGUACUCUGUCAUUUGAAUAAAGGUUAAAUGUUAAA